GUCCAAUGGCGCUUCGAGUUGGUGGUCUUCUCCCCUCUCUUAUGGCGUUUGCGUUGGCAGUGGGAAGUGUGGCCCAGGCGGUGGCGGCGGAGCAUGUAGUCACGUUCAAUCGGAAGAGCUUUCCAGCCGGUUUCGUCUUCGGGGCGGCCUCCUCGGCUUACCAGUACGAAGGCGCUGCCAAUGAAGGUGGAAGAGGGCCGAGCAUUUGGGAUACCUUCACCCACGAGCACCCAGAAAAAAUAAAAGAUAGAAGCAAUGGAGAUGUAGCCAUAGACUUCUAUCAUCGUUAUAAGGGAGACAUAGGCAUCAUGAAAGAUAUUGGUUUGGAUGCUUUUAGGAUGUCCAUCUCCUGGCCCAGGAUUUUGCCGAAUGGAAGCCUCACUGGUGGAAUCAACAAAGAAGGCAUCCAAUUUUACAACAAUGUCAUCGACGAGCUGAUAUCUAAAGGACUGAAGCCCUUUGUGACCCUCUUUCACUGGGAUCUUCCUCAAGCCCUUGAAUCCCUUUAUGGGGGAUUCCUCAGCCCCCACAUUGUGGAUGAUUUUCGCAACUAUGUUGACAUUUGCUUUAAGGAGUUUGGUGAUCGCGUGAAGCAUUGGAUCACGUUUAAUGAACCAUAUAGUUUUUGCCAAAAGGGAUAUGCAGCUGGUGCCUAUCCACCUAACCGCUGUUCGCCUUGGGAUGGUGAGUGUGAUGGUGGUGAUUCAGGAAGGGAGCCUUAUCUCGCAUGCCAUCACCUAAUUCUAGCCCAUGCAACCACUGUAAAGCUUUACAAGGAUAAGUACCAGGCAAGGCAGAAGGGAAUAAUAGGUAUAUCCCAUUUCUCUCAUUAUUUCAUUCCCUACUCAAGUUCCAAGUCCGAUGUUGAGGCAGCCGAGCGAGCUCUAGAUUUCAUGUUGGGCUGGUUCAUCGACCCAUUGACUCAAGGGGACUAUCCAUUUAUCAUGAGGGCGCUCGUUGGGGACCGUUUACCACAAUUCACAGCAAUGCAAUCUAAAAUGGUCAAGGGAUCAUUUGAUUUCAUUGGACUAAACUACUACACCUCAAACUAUGCCAAAAUUGUUUCCAUCUUAAAGAAAGUCAACAUUAGCUAUAACACCGAUUCCCACACUUUCCAGACAGGUGUACGUCGCGGGGUCCCUCUAGCUAAAACAUCUGGUGGUGACUGGCAAUAUGUUUACCCACAAGGGAUUAGAGAUCUCUUACGAUACGUAAAGAGAAAAUACAAUAGCCCAGUCAUCUACAUCACUGAGAAUGGGUAUCUUGAGGCCAAUAAUGCGUCUUUGCCUAUCAAGGAAGCACUAAAGGAUAAUGAGAGAAUUGACUUUCACAGGCGGCAUCUAUUGUCUGUUCAAAGAGCAAUCAGGGAAGGAGUGGAUGUGAGAGGAUAUUUUGCAUGGACUUUGAUGGAUGACUUUGAAUGGGACUUUGGUUACACUUGGCGUUUUGGGCUUGUCUACAUUGAUCGUAAAGAUGGCUUGAAGAGGUACCCCAAGGACUCUGCUCGUUGGUAUCGCGAGUUCCUCAAAGGAUAAAUAUCAACUCUUAUUAUUUUCUUGGUUAUCGAGGAAAUGAGGCCCUACAUGCCAACAAUAAAAUGUGCCACUGGAAAGUGGAAGUCAUGGAACGCCAAAUUAUAGUUUCCUUUCCUGCUAUGUGAUGUGAUUGUUGCAAAUUUGUUACAUAUAUAAUAAGUGACCUCACAUUUUCUCUU